CUUCUACGCCGUUCACUCUCUCUAGUCUCUCCCUUCCCUUCUCCACGCCUCCGCCCCCACUCGUGAGACCCUACCUAGCCCUAGCGCCAGCACCACCCGCCCAACCUCCCGGAGAGAGAGAGGAGGAGGCCUUCGCCGCCGCCGUUACCGUCGGCCGAGGCGCCAGAAUGUUCGGGUACCAGAAGGGCCUCGACGUCGAGGCGGGGACAUCGGGCGCCGCCGCCACGGGCGGCGCGCGCCAGCUCUACCCGGGGAUGCAGGAGAGCCCCGAGCUGCGCUGGGCGCUCAUCCGCAAGAUCUACGUCAUUCUCUCCCUCCAGCUGCUCCUCACCGCCGUCGUCGCCGCAGUCGUCGUCAAGGUCCGCGCCAUCCCGCACUUCUUCACCACCACCAGCGCCGGCCUCGGCCUCUACAUCUUCCUCAUCAUCCUCCCCUUUAUCGUGCUGUGCCCGCUGUACUUCUACCACGAGAAGCACCCAGUCAACCUGAUCCUGCUCGGCCUCUUCACCGUUGCCAUCAGCUUUGCUGUGGGCAUGACAUGUGCCUUCACCAGUGGCAAGGUCAUUCUGGAGUCUGCAAUUCUGACAACAGUGGUCGUGCUCAGCCUUACCGCAUACACUUUCUGGGCCGUGAAUAGGGGCAAAGACUUCAGCUUCCUGGGUCCUUUCCUGUUCGCCGCCAUCAUAGUGCUGCUUGUGUUCGCACUCAUCCAGAUCCUGUUCCCACUGGGCAAGCUCUCCCAGAUGAUCUACGGCGGGCUGGCGUCGCUCAUCUUCAGCGGGUACAUCGUCUACGACACAAACAACAUCAUCAAGCGCUACACGUACGACCAGUACGUCUGGGCCGCAGUCUCACUGUACCUGGACGUUAUCAACCUCUUCCUGUCCCUGAUGACCCUCUUCAGGGCAGCCGACUAGGCGCUCUGCUCUCAUCCUGUCUAUCUACGAGUCGGUGCCUGAAUGCUCCCGUGGUUAAGCUCCGGUACCCAGAAUUCCAGUUCCAAGAAUAGAGUUGUAUAUAGCUACCCGCGUUGCCUUUCUACUAGUAUGGUCUUAUUCGGCUUGACUCGGUUCGGUCAGAGUCUUGAUACGUAGUUGGAUCGCGAACAAAUGAACCUUGCAUGGGAGUAUGGAGAGCCGUCUGCUUUAUGAUC